GACACCAGACAUACAUCGUUUGUUGCCCCUCUAGAGGAAACAGGGAGUGGAUAGUUACACGACAGGUUUUUGUUUGUUACGGUGGCAGCAUUGAAACGGAAUAUCUCGAGUGGUACCUUACUCUGACCUUUAUGUGAGGUCUAAGCCCUAAAGGAACGGGUCAUAGACGGGAGGAGAGACUCGGAGAGAAGCAUCUGGCCACAGAAGCCUGGAUACGUGUUUUUAUUUUUUAUUCAGUCCCUGAAACACACAACCACAACCAAGCAGUUUUCCAGCAAGCAGCAAGGACCAUGGAGGCCAUUGCCAAAUACGAUUUUAAAGCAACCGCUGAUGAUGAGCUUAGUUUCAAGCGUGGAGAAAUCCUUAAAGUAUUAAAUGAAGAGUGUGAUCAGAACUGGUACAAGGCAGAGCUAAAUGGAAAAGACGGUUUCAUCCCCAAGAAUUACAUAGAGAUGAAAGCCCAUCCGUGGUUCUUCGGGAAGAUUCCCCGCGCCAAAGCAGAGGAGAUGCUAAACAAACAGAGGCACGAUGGGGCCUUCCUCAUCAGAGAGAGCGAGAGUGCACCAGGGGACUUCUCCCUCUCUGUGAAGUUUGGAAAUGACGUCCAGCACUUCAAGGUUCUUCGCGAUGGGGCUGGAAAGUAUUUCCUAUGGGUGGUGAAGUUUAACUCCCUCAACGAGCUGGUGGAUUACCACCGCUCCACCUCAGUCUCCCGCAAUCAGCAAAUCUUUCUGCGAGACAUAGAGCAGGUCCCCCAGCAUCCCACGUACGUGCAGGCGCUCUUUGACUUUGACCCCCAGGAGGAAGGAGAGCUGGGUUUCCGACGCGGCGACUUCAUCCAAGUCCUCGACAACUCUGACCCCAACUGGUGGAAAGGAGGCUGCCACGGCCAAACGGGCAUGUUCCCCCGCAACUACGUCACGCCUGUCAAUCGGAACAUGUAAACAGUCAGACCAUGUAAACAAGAACAACAACCACAACACAGCAACCAUCACCACCACCACCACAACCACAACCACCAUCAUCAU